GUUUUAAGGUGGUACGUUACGUGAGGUCGGGCUUGGUGGAUCUCGUAUUUUGUUUAAAGGGAACCCUCUGUAAUUUACUGGUGAACAGCUUUGAUAUCCUAACUCGUUGAAUCGAUUGGUUGGAAAACAAUAGAAAUUUGUCUCCGAUCCAAUGAAUUUAGCAUCCAUUGACAAUAUCAUACGUGGGGCUCGACUUCAGGCAUCAUCAAAUGACUCGAGUUAUCAAAAUUUUUUGGAUCGUUUGGUUUUACCUGGAAUGGUUUUUGAAUUAUCUGGACCUUAUGAUGGGCCUGUAUCAUGGUCUAUUGGUCCAGGUCUUGUUUGUGUGCCGAUGUCUAGAAUGAAACCUGUGGUGGGAAAAAACAAAAUAGUGGAUUCGAUUUUAGUAAGACAGUUCGGAAUCUUAAAAUUCAAAUGUAAGAAGUUGGAAGGGACAGACUCAGCGGAUACAAUCAAGCGUUUUAAACUCGGAAAUUCAUUGAGUGAUUUGAAAUCAGAAAAUUUCAUUUGGGUAGAAUGCCUUGUGUCUAAUGGUUCAGUAACUACAUUACUUCCACUUACUCGUCUCUCAUACCGUUGUCAUGUGGGACAGUUCCAACCAGAGGACAAAGUUAUUGGCGUUGUAAUGAAAAGAGCUGGUGAAUCGUUUGUAGUUGAUAUAGGUUGUGCUUCUCCGGCUAUUCUCAAUUACUUAUCAUUCGAAGGUUCUUCUAAAAAGAAUCGUCCUGACAUUAAUGCAGGUGAUGUUCUUUAUGCCAUGAUUACACGAGCCGACAGAGAUUUAGAGAUUGAAUUGUCAUGUGUUGAUGAGGCGGGGAAAGCUUGUGGAAUGGGUAUCCUUGGUCGUCAUGAACCUGGAACUGUUGGUAAUGCUGGAGGUCGGUCUGGUGGUAUACUGUUACAUUGUACGCAAGAUUUGGUCAGGCGGUUAGCCAACCAAGAUGAAUUUCCUCUAUUAAAACUUUUAUCUAAGUUCUUAUGAAUAUCUUAGAAACAAGUGAAUUCUUUAUAUUAACACCUGUAGUUCCAAUAAACGGAAAUUCCCUUUUAGCUAGCAAGUCAGAAUUAUGUCAUCCAAAAGCGUUGAUUAAAAGUAGGAACUUUUUUGAGAACAGUAUAAAAUGUGAUGAAAUUCUAUAAGUACUCUAUACGUUACAAUAAAUAACUGUCAUAGAUUUGUCACAAACAGCGCAAUGUAGCAUAAAGUUGUUUGCUAACUAACUGACUUACUUAUUUGCACUCACUGUGGACAAGCCGUUUUAGAUGUUUUGGUCGGGAUUGAACAACCUAUCCGUAUAUGAAUCAAUGAAUAAUAAUUGACAGACAUCAAGAAUAAAAGAAAAAAAAGAUAAUUAUCUAACUGGUGAUAUCAAGAGAAAGGAGUAAAAGUUGUCUGAGGUUAAAGGAGAUAAACAUUCUAACCUCUGACAUUUAAUAACACAGUUUAUAUUUACACCAAAAAUUUGUUUCAUAAAGGCGAAUCUAAAAUUACUAAACAGUGUUUACUUUGAUUUAAAUUUUUUAUUUUUAAUAUACGAUCUAUGUCUGACUGAAAAACAAAGAGCGCACAUGUGAAUGAAUCAAAUUCAAUAUUUAAUUACUGCAAGUCGAUGAAUGAAUUAUACGAAUGUGGAGAUAAUGAGAAAACAUGAGUAGAAUUGCUUAUCCACUAGAGUGGGUAACAAGCUUUGCUAAAUACAUGAAAAUCAGUUACACUUCGUGGUUUGUCUUUAUUUUCAUCGAAUUAGUUAAUUACUUGUUACAGUCACUUUGUACCAAGUAAAACGAUAGGUUAUAUAAUACUUUGAAAUUUUAGUGGGCUUUUUAUUCAUGUCAAUUCAAUAUGUACGAAAAACUUUCUCAUUGAAAUUGUAGACUGUUUCUAAAAC